AUGGGGACCUUACAAUGGUUCCUCUUCGUCUACCUUCUAGGGGGCGUCACCUUCCUCCCCUUGCUGCUGCUCGCUGUCCUCCUCCACGCCUACUACACCUUACCGCCUCCGAGACAGGAUGCCGCAAAGUCCGAUGACCCGGCGCAGCUGGUCCGUCCGGACGACGACAAGAUUGCCUUCAGAACCGGCACCGACGACCUAGCCGAACAGUUCCAUCGCAAACACGACUCAGAUGUGGCUGCAGGCUACUUUGCCGUCUGCCGGGAAUAUGUUCCUGGCGGUGUCAAUGGCAAGCCUCCGGACAAAUUGACGCCCGCCGGUGAGGUCGUCGCCCAGGAAUCUCCCAGCGUCUACCAGACCAUGUACCGGAGCAUCUUCGACCGGCCACAAAAAUCUACAUUGGAACCAAACAAAGAUGGCAGAGGGAAGGCGACCAAGAAAGCCAACAACGUGUUCUACGUCGUACUGAGACACGGCCAUCUCAUGCUCUACGAUGACAUCCAGCAACUAGAAGUGCGUUAUGUUAUAUCCUUGGAACAUUACGACGUAGACAUCUAUAGUGGGAAAGACGAAACACCAGAGGGGGAACUAUGGAUCAAACGCAAUGCCAUCCGACUCAAAAGGAAGCCGAACCCAGAUGGAACGGUACCCAAUUCACCGCCAUUCUUCUUUUUCAGCGAGAACCUGUCGGAAAAGGAAGACUUUUAUUUUGCCUUGUUGAAGAACCAGGAAAAAACCACGAGCGAGGGCCCACCCGAGACGCAAGAAUUCGAGAUCGACGACAUCGUCAAGCUCGUCCAGAAGAUACAUUCCUCAGAAGAACAUUUGCAGACUCGAUGGCUCAAUGCAAUGAUUGGCCGCUUGUUCCUGGCCAUGUACAAGACGCCGGAACUCGAGGAUUUUAUCCGAACCAAGCUGACCAAGAAGAUCUCGAGGGUUAAGAAACCCAAUUUCAUCACCAAACUGGCUCUGAAGAAGAUCGACUUGGGGAAUGGGGCGCCGUUUGUGACAAACCCAAGGUUGAAAGAUCUGACCGUGGAUGGCGACUGUACAGUCGAAGCCGACGUCAAUUACGGCGGUAACUUCAGGAUUGAGAUUGCCGCCACUGCCCGGAUCGAGUUGGGCUCGCGGUUCAAGCCUCGCGAAGUGGACAUGUUGUUGGCGGUGACUUGCAAAAGACUCCAAGGCCACGUCUUGGUCAGGUUCAAACCGCCGCCAAGCAAUCGAAUCUGGUUCUCCUUUGAAAAAAUGCCUGACCUGGACUUGACGAUAGAGCCAAUCGUCAGUUCGCGGCAGAUCACCUACAACUUUAUUCUCCGCGCAAUCGAAAGCCGGAUCAGAGAAGUGGUCGCUGAGAGUGUUUGUCUCCCUUUCUGGGACGACAUUCCCUUUUUCGACACAACAAGCCAACGCUACCGUGGUGGGAUCUGGAAGAGGGAGCCCGAUCCGACGACCACCACCGAAAUACACAACGAAGACCCUGAAGACGAAGCAGAGGCGGGAGAUGCAGGCCCCGGGAGCGUCGCUGACCCCUCUAAAGAUGACUUGACUUUCUCAAAGGAAGAUAGAUCCAUGAGCAUGCCACCAACCCUGGCGGACAGUAAGUCGUCUCUGGGGAAGACGAACACGGGAAAGAAGUCAAUCGCCUCCCUCAGCGAUCUUUUGGGUGCGAAGAGUCCCGAACCAGCUGAAAGACCUGAAUCAUCGACGCCCAGAUUGAUGAGAACCACUUCAUUUGCGAGCGCGGCGAACCCGACCAUUAGCACGAGUCACGCGGACGGAAACACGAGUCCGAAUCGUGAGCCUGAAGCUCAAUCUAAGCGCGAGAGUGUCGCUUCUUUAUUGAAAGAUCUCUCUGCACGGUCCACAGGGAACCAGUCCCCAUCUGCCUCGCAAGCUGGUUCGCCACCUGUGGAAUCCGCCAUGGCCACUGCCAUGGGCAACAAAGGGCGAUCUGAUAGCGACGCCUCUAGGAUGUCAGAUACUGCCGCGUCGCACGACACGCCCACACCGACGACAUCAAGUCGGGCAUCGACUCAUUCCACGGAAACCUAUGAUGGAAAUGAUACCCGGCCGCGUUCUGCUCAAGAAGGAACAAAGCCCUCAAAAGGGUUCAAUUUCAACGCAAGAUCACUGACUAGCGCGGACAGAAAGCAGGCCCUGGCUUCUGUAAAUGCGGCAGCUUCUGCGGCCCAGAAAUGGGGCUGGGGAGUGCUGGCAAGAAACAGACAGCGUGAAGCUCAAGCCUCAGACGACAGAGAGCGAAAUCAACGGCCUGACCAAAAGGAGCCCAUCGGUCGAGGCAGACCACUCCCACCGCCUGGCAUACCCUUACCGCCGCCAGAGAAGCCCACUAGCACCAGCUCGUUCAUGAUACCUCGCCGAAAGCCGGUGCCUCCGCCGCUGCUCCCGAAACGGCAGGGCACGAAUGGGUCGACUGACUCAGCAAAGCCCUCGCCCAAGCCCCCGCUCCCAGCUCGGCGAAAAAGGCAGAGUACCUUGCAACUCGCCGAUGAGACGGAGAACGAGGUUCUUGUGGUGGAGGCUCCCACCGAAUCGGCUCCGGCCAGCCCGGUGGCCACAGAUGCCGAACAUCACGACGAGUUUUUCGGUCAUAGCGAGGACGUGGCAGAGACAAGCGAAACGCAAGCGAGCUCAGUCACCGGGUCUCCAGCACUGCCGAAACGGCAGGACAGUGACACUGCUUUGAAAUCUCCGGAUGAAGCGGACGAAAUGCGCAGACAGGAGCUUGGAAUGUAUACUUGA